GCCUGUCGCUCUUGUUUGUGAGUACACACACACUUUCCACAGCUCAAACCUACAACCCCACUGCCAGCAACAUGAGGGAGUUCAAGAGCAAGGAUUUCUGGAGGGCCGUCCUGGCUGAACUGGUUGGCAUGACCCUUUUUAUUUUCCUCAGCUUGGCCACAGCUAUUGGGAACAGCAACAACACCAAUCCAGACCAGGAGGUGAAGGUGGCUCUGGGCUUCGGACUGGCCAUCGCCACACUUGCUCAAAGUUUAGGCCACAUCAGCGGGGCCCACCUGAAUCCUGCAGUCACCCUCGGGAUGCUCGCCAGCUGCCAGAUCAGCGUGUUCAAGGCUGUCAUGUACAUCAUAGCCCAGAUGCUAGGUUCUGCUCUGGCCAGUGGCAUUAUGUUUGGAGCACGUCCAAACAGCAAUAAAUCACUUGGGCUGAAUACUCUCAAUGGUGUCACUCCCGGCCAAGGCGUGGGCAUCGAGCUCCUGGCAACCUUCCAGUUGGUGCUGUGUGUCAUUGCAGUCACUGAUAAAAGGCGGCGUGAUGUCAGCGGCUCAGCACCCUUGGCCAUUGGCCUCUCCGUCUGCCUUGGACACUUGGCAGCGAUCAGCUACACAGGCUGUGGCAUCAAUCCCGCUCGCUCUUUUGGUCCGGCUUUGAUCCUGAGCGAUUUCACAAACCACUGGGUGUACUGGGUUGGGCCGAUGUGUGGCGGAGUAGCAGCAGCCCUCAUUUACGACUUCCUGCUGUCUCCAAAAUUUGAUGACUUCCCCGAGCGCGUGAAGGUCCUUGUCAGUGGCCCAGUCGGCGACUAUGACGUCAACGGAGGCAAUGACACUACAGCUGUGGAAAUGUCGUCAAAAUAGUGACAAUACAGCACCAGUCAGUUAGUUCUACUGAAUAUGUUUAUACUAUUGUAAAAAGAAAAUGCGCUUGAAUAUAGUUUAGUGUUUUGUGCUAUUUUUAAAUAUACAUGAGGAUUGCAGUAGAGGGUCAGCAAACGUCUUUUUCUAACUCACUCCACAAAAAUGUUCUUCCCUUUCUUUAUCAGUAUUCAAGAAUGAGCCAUGUUUUUACUUUAUCUGCCUGUCACUUUUUUUCUGAUGGAUGAAGUACUGUAUGUACCCCUAAAAUGUCUCUCACUUUUUUAAGUAAAUAAAACACUUGUUGUUAACAAA